UUAAAAAUGAGCGAGGAUGAGAUAUAGAAGAAAUUAUAGAUUUGCUUUUUGUAAAGUUAUUAAGAAUAUUUGUUAGACUAUGUCUUUCAUAACAAAAAGAGAAAGAGUGUUUAAUGAAUAUGAUCUGUUUGAUUUACCUCCAAGAAAUGAGGGUAAGCUGAAAGCUUAUGCCUCGUGUACAGAUUCAAGGGCGUGGUCUCACUUCAAUUCUGACAAAGCAGAGCAUCUCUUUGAAGUUAUCAAGAGGAACAACGAAACAUGUCGUCCAAAGUACAUUCCCACUGAUGUUAUAGUAAACACAUUGAUGGUAACUAAGAAUGCUGAAAUCAGUCGUCUUAAAAGACAAAUUGAAGAGUUUGAACAAAUGCUAGCCGCAUACGAUCAACUUGAAUUAACAUCCGAACAAAAAUGUGAAAUUGCUAAUGCCCAUGAUGCGAUUAAAGCUGCGAAUAAAGAACUUGAUGAUUUGUGUUUGGACUUAGAUUUAUCUGGGUUCACUGAGGGUAUUGAUUCAGAGGCAUUUGAGACCGGUCAAUCAAGAGGAGACGUGAUAAAUUUAGUUAUUGUUUUAUUUUUUCAGCCUUCGAGACAUACAGAUCAUGAGACUGAAAAAUCGAAAGGUGAUGAGUGGCUAUAUAAAAAUGCAAUGGGAAAAGAAUCGAAGAGCAAUCAAGUUGGAAACGGUAGCUUGGACUGUGUUCGUGAGGUUAGCACGUCUGCUCGUGACCCAAGAUUAGAAGAAUUGCAAGAAACAGUAAUCAAUAAGGAUGCCAAGCUUAGCGCAAUGCAUAACAAAAUCGCAGUAUUGGAAAACGACGUGUGUGAGCCUUAUUGUAUUUAUGCUCAUAUUUACACAGCACUCGAAAAGAUUUUCGGGACCCUUUGUCAAAAUAUAAAAUACAAACAAUAUUUGGACUUGCUGACAGCUGGAAAAGACACUCGAGGUAUUGACAUUAAAGGUAAAAUACUUUUCAAAAUGAAGGUUCUUGAAAAAUUCUCACUUGCACUAGUUGCUCCUUGUACGGAAGAUCUUACGCCUACUAAAAUGGACUGCACAUGCUAUCGCACUGAAAUAAAGCAAGUCUUCGCUUUAACAGCUGCUGAUUCCACAAGAACACAACUUGAUGACAAACGAGCUCACUUGGUUGCUGACAUAAUAGAAAAUCGAGAAAUGAAAGAAAUUCUGAGUAAAGAAAGUGUUGAGGAUCAAAGUGAUAUUGAGCAAGCACAAGAAUGUUUUGGUUUUGAUAGUUACAGUACUGAAGCUGAAAGUGUUAAUAGAUUGAAAAAAUUACAAGCAAACUUUGAGGAUUUAUUGCUUUGUUAUGAUAAUUUAAAACAUGAAAAGGAUUGUUUAUUUUUACGUUGUCAGAAGUAUACAGAACUUGAAAAAGAAUGUGAAUGCAUGCAAAAUCGGUUAAAAGAAUAUAAUCAAUUAUGGAGUGAAAAAGAAUAUUACCGCAAGCGUUCAACGGACUUAGACAACUUAAAAGAGUCAUAUUACAUCUUAACCGAGGAAACAACAAAUUUAGAAACAAAACUGAAGGCUGAAAUAGAAAUUAAUAAAAUUAAAAGCAUACAUAAUAAUGAAUUAUAUAAUGAAAAUGUGUCCUUAGAGAAAAAAAUACAGGAGCUUAACAAAAUGUUUGAAAAAGAAAACAAUUAUUUAACCUGUAAAGUGAAAGAACAAGAAUGUAAAAUAAUGUGUCAAGAGCAGCAAAUUAAAACAUUAUCCAAUCAAAUUGAUCAAUUUCUUGAACAAGGACAUGAUGCAAUAACGUCCGAUGAAACAGCACGUUCAAUGGAAUUACUCAACGAAAUCGAAUCACAGAAAGAACAGAUCAAGAACCUCAAAGAUGCUCUGCUGUGCAAUGAAGAGGAAAAACGCUAUCUUGAAGACGAUUUUCAGAACAAGCUAGAGCUCAUCAAUGACUUAAAAGUGGAAAUAGAAAAUUGGAAAGAAAAGUAUGAAAAAAUGGUUCAUGCAAAUGACUAUUUAGAAAAAUGUUCGGAUGAUUUUCAAGAUCAAGUACAGCAUCUUCAACACCAAAAUCAGUAUUUGGAAAAUGAUUUAGUUAGUAAAAAUACUGCUCUUAAUAAUUUAAUGGAUAUUGUUCAAAAUAAAUCUCAAGAAAUCAGUAAUUUAACGAAUCAAAUCGAAGAAAAACAAAUCGAAAAUUCAGAACUAUACAAAGAAAUAAAAACAAGUCAAGUUAUAUAUAACGAAAGUUUGUCGAACUUAGCAAAUGAGAAUCAAAUGGCAAUCGUAUCACUUAAAGAAGCUCAACGUGAAAGUCAAGAAAUACUAGAAGCUAUUAAAAGCUUCGUUAACAUAAAUAAUUCUAAUAUAUCUGUAGCUUUUGAUGAUACCAUAGAAAAGUGUAAGAAAGAUCUCUUGCGCAUUGACAAUGAUACAGAUUCAGUGUUAAUAAAAGAAAUAAAAAAAUUGCAUGACCUCAGCAUACAAAAUCUUCACGCCUUAUUGGAUGAAAAUAUUCAAUUCAAAGAAUCACUUGAAGUUUCCAGACAUGAUAGUUUGAUACUGAAAAAUAAAGUUGAAAGCUUAGAAAGUCUUAAUGUAAACUACAAUAAGCUUAAAGAAUCUUACGAUAAGUUGAAAGAAGAAAAAGAUCUACUGGAGCGUGAAUCUAAUAGCAAAAAUUUUGAAUUUGAAUUAACUAAAAAGAAAAGCGAACAACUAAUGAAACAGCUUAACGAAACUGAAGAUGUAAGAAACGACUUUGUCAAAUUGAAAUCAGAAUACCACGGGGUUUUACAGGAACGCAACGAACUAAUGGAUAAAGUUAAAUACAACGAAAAUUUGGUGGAAAAGAAAAGCGAAGAGCUAAUGAAACAGCUUAACGAAACUGAAGAUGUAAGAAACUACUUUGUCAAAUUGAAAUCAGAAUACCAGGAGGUUUUACAGGAACGCAACGAACUAAUGGAUAAAGUUAAACACAACGAAAACUUGCUGGAAACAAUAAGGCGUGAUUUAGAUGAUUUAAAAGAGGAAAAUGAAACUUAUCUUGAGGGAAAAGAAAAGCAAAAGUUGUUAGAGCAAGAACUCAUAAAUUAUGAAAAGUUAUUCAAAAACUUAGAAAAUGAAAAUACGUCUCUUAAGGAAGAACUAUCAAUAAAAUCAGGUGAACUUAUCAAGUUACGUAAUGACCUAGAGGACAAGAUUCGAGAGAAUAAUAACAUUUCUGAUCACAUAAAUUCCUUACAUACAAUUGAAAUGUCUUUGCAAAAUGAUAUAUCAAAUAUGCAAGCAAUGUUGAUAGCAGCAAAGAAAGAGAAUGCUGAUUUAGAGACGAAACUUCAUAAAUACAAAAACCUAGAAACAGAUAUAGAUAACAUACGAAGCGCCUACGAUGGGAUUGUAAAUGAAAAAGAAAAUUUAGAAAAAGUUCUACAGAUGCAACAACAGCAAGUUCAUAGGCUCCAAGAAGAAAAUAAAGUUUUAACCAUUCAAAAUAAGGAUUUAUUAGAUCACAGCGAAGACCUACAAAAUUCUUUAGUACGUACUCGUUCUCAGGCAAGCAUUAUUAAUCCACCAAAUGAUUUAUUGGAAAAUAUAAGAAAUGAAAUCAAAACAAUGAAAGAAGAAAAACUGAUAAGCCAUAGAAAUAUUAGAGAUUUAAAAGACAAAUUAGAUGAAGCGGACGACAUAAUACAAGAUUUGAAAGAAAGUCUCGCUGUGAGGGAUAGUAAAAUUGCCACGCUUCAAAAUUAUGCCAAUCAGUUAGAAGAAGAAGUGAGAAACCUUAACUUUAUGAUUGCUACAGCAGUUGAAUCGAGUGAAGAAAUCAGAGAUAACAGUCAUAAAAAAAUUGAUGAAUCGCUAAGAAGAUUGGAAGCACAUCAUUCAAAAGCAACUCAUAAUAUGAGAAUGGAGAUAACAAGGCUGAAAAGUGAUAAUACUCAAUUAGAAAGUCAACUUUCCAAUACAAUUAUAAACACUGAUGUAACGUCACGAGAAAAAGAAAAAUAUGCAGCACAAAUAUCUCAAUUACGAAAUGAGAGAGAAUCUUUAAUAGAAAACAUCGAGCAAUUAGAAUUAACAUGCUUUGGUGAUAGCUAUUUAAACUCAGAUUCAUGUUCAAUAGAUGAAAUUUUAUUAUCACUUAGCAGAAUAAGAAAAUGCAUAGAAUCAAGAAAUUUAAAGUCCUCUUCACUUGAAAAUACUCUAAUGAAAGUUCAAAAUUCAUCGCAAGUACUGCUAAGCAAAGCUGAUGAAGCCAAAAAGAUUGCUGAAAAAGAAAAAGAAAAAAUAACUCUUGAGAAAGAAGAAGCCUUAAAAGAAAAGAUUACAAUGGAACAGCAACUUGCCACACUUGAAAUAAAAUUGAAAGAUCAAAUAAAUAAAGAUCUCGAAAUAAUAGAAGACUUGAAUGGCAAAUUAUUGAACCAAAAACUUAUGUUUGAAAGAAUUAAUGAAUCGACACAAAAUUACAUUGGCAAAUUAGAAAAUGAAAUUGAAAAUCUUCAGAUACUUUACAAGGACUCAUUAUCCAAACUAAACGAGCUGCAAGAAAAAUUAAAUAAGUCAUCAGAAAACAAUUCGAAUAAUGAUGAAGUUAUAUCUGACAUUAAAAGGAUCUUAAAUGAAAAACAAAAUGAAAUUAAUCAAUUGCAAAUAUAUCUAACUGAAAUACAAAACAAACCGAGUUUGGACGCGGAAAUGCAAACAAUUGUUUUUAUAAAUUUUACUGAUGCCACAUGCCAGACAGAUGAUAAUGAAAUAGAAAUGGUGCAAGAACCAUAUUAUUACGAUACAAAUAAUUAUAACGGUAAUGUUAUUUCAGCGGGAAAUGUAACAGAAGAUAAUAUUAAUUACAUUAAAAGUAGAUACCUAGAUUACAAGUCGAAACAACUCAGCUUAGGUAAACUAGAAUUGCACUCAAUAUCUAGUCCAAGCUGCAGUAAAAAUUCAAGGACUAUAGAAGACUAUGAUAAUAUAGAAAACUUUUCUGAAAAUAAUGUUUCAUUAUGUAAGGAAAUUGAGUUCCUUACAUUUGAAAACCAUCAUAAAAUAAUAGAUAUUUAUAACACGCAAUCAAUAUUAACUGAAAAUACUGAACUUAGUAGUAAAAGCUUCAACAUGGGAUCAAAUGGAGAGUUUAUUACCGGUGAAUAUAAGAAAUGCGAAAUAACGGAACAAACCAAUAAAACCGACAAAAUUGUCAAUGCUUAUGCAUCUAAUGAAAACGAAUCAGUUCAAUUUGAGACUAACGAGUUAUUUCUUAUUUACGAGGAUAGCGAUAAUCCUCCCAUUGAAUAUAAGAAGAAAGGUUCAUCUCAAGUUGUUGUUGAAAUCUUGACGACAAAUCCGCGAAUGGAAUAUAAAGAUUAUAACAAUUCUAAUAUACAAAAGUUAAAAAUUAACGAAGAAAGUGAUAGACAUUUAGAAAAUACUAUCAAACCCAAACUUGAAGUAACUUUACCGAGAGUAGACACUGAUGAAACGACAGCUAUACCAUCAUCUGUUUUAGACAAGAUAUCUGUGAAGUCUUUAGACAUAUUUAGAUUACCAAAACGUUUGACUAAUUCUGAUACAAAAAUAAACAAAAAGUUUUUACAAAAUGAGAUAUCUUCGAAUUCAAGUAGUAUUAAUCUUAACAAUAGGGGUAUGAAAGAUUUAUUAAAAAUACCUCAAAACAAUAGUGAAAUAAUUAAAAAAUCCAUAAACAAUUCAAUACCUGAUCAAAAUACGAGAAGUAACGAUUUAAGCUACGUUCAAAAUACUUUAAGUACUGCAUUAAGUAUUAGCAGAAAUGAUGUGCUAACUAAGGAAUCAAUAACAAAAACAAUUUUAACUACAGGUUCCUCAAAUAAUAAAAAUGAAAAACAAAAUAUUUUUUCUGAAAACGUAAGUUACACGAAAAAUAUAGAAAUUUCAAAUCAAAAACUAAAUAAACCGUCAAAUUAUGCUUUAGAAUAUAUUCUAGAUUCAAUCAAACAGGAUAUAAAGAUUUCUAAUUUUAAUGGUAAUAAUGAUUUAAAAAAUAGUAAGAGUUUCGAUCAAAUACAUCAAUCAAAUCACUAUAGUAAUGAACAUAUCGAUUCUAAAUCCUAUAAUAGACUUAGUCCUUUCCUGGGGUACACAAGUACUGAACCAGAUUUAGAUACUGAAAAAUCUAAUCCAAGAAAAGAAUUUAACAGUACUCAGUACUCGAAUGCGGCAGAACGUGCCUUACUUGUCAGACGAAAUCCAAAUAUUAGUAAUGAGCAAAAAAUUGAAGAACUUGCUAAAGCUAUUAAAGACAUUGAAAAUCAUUAUAAAAAGAAAAUAGAAAUGAUUAAGACACAAUACGAUAAUAAUAUUAAAAAUAUUAUGAAUCAACAUAAUCACGGUGUUGUAAGUAUUCAAAACUUACAUGAGGAAGCUUUACAAGAUGCUAUAAAACGACGUGAAAGUGAAAUUGAAAGCUUGAGAACUAUGAGUAUUGAAGGAAUGCGUAAGGUAGAAAUGCUUGAGAAAGAGAACAAAUUCCUGAAAGUAAAACUUGAAAAGCAACAAUCAAACGAUUUGAGUGAGGUGGGAGUCAAGCGGCCUUCAACGGAGCCAAGAAAAAGAAAACACAGACACAGAAUGGACAGAAUUUUGACUAAAACAAAUAUUGAAUCCUUUAAUUUAAGUCCAAAGAGUCGAUCGCAUGGACCAUGCACUUGUAGCCUUGAUUUGAAUUUGUCUGAUACUAUACGAAAUAUAUUUGAACAGGUUGAUGUUGAACAACGAAAGCUAGGAGAACAGGCAUAUACUAAAUAUAUUGUAAACAAAAUAAUUGAAACCAAUAUAGAUGCUUUGGACACGCAAGAACUAGCAUUCCUCCAUUUAACGGUAUGUCGUACUUGGAAAGCAAUGCUAGGUAAGGAGGAGGCCCUACAAAAACGUAUAGAUUCAUUAGAGAGUGACUUAUUUAAUAAGCAACGUCGCACUCAAAAGCAUAUAGCUGACUUGGACCGUAAAGUUGCCGAAGAAAGGCGGCGCUUACAAGAAGUUCGUGAAGCAGUUUGUAGAAAUACUACCAUUGAAUCGUGCGAAAAUAACCCUGAACGGCAACACAAGCCGGAGAAAGAUGUUUGUAAAUGUGUCUCUAAGAAUAGAGUGGAAGAAAAGUGUUCAGGAGGAGAUGUUGUAACAGGAGUUAUAGGAGCGACACUCCGGGCGAAACGGCCGAAACAAGAAAAUAAUCGGGCGGUUUCCGCAAAAUUGGGUCAAGACGAACGGAGAGAGAAGAAGCAUUAUUACGAUGAUCAGCCAGUGCGCUUACGACGAACUGACCGCGCCACUCGUCUUUCUCACAAAAAAUAUUGAUGCAUGAAACCACCACAAUAGGUAUUAACACUUUCCUUUUCAGUAUAAAUGUUUCUUUGUAAGUGAAAAUUUACUCCAUUGGCAUUGAAGUUCGACUCCUUUACUGAGGACUAUCUGUUAGUGAAUUUAAGUGAAACACGUCUUGUUUUUAUUUUUUAUAUUUUGUAUUAUUUAUAUAAAUUAUGUUCGUAUUACAUUGUAAAUUUCAGUUCAAUAAAUAUUCAAAAUGUUGUUUUA